CGAGAUUGGCUGUCAUAUGUCAAAUGACAAAAAAAAAAUUAAAUUGAAAGCGAAGCAAAGCAAAUUUAAAUCGGGAUUAUUUCGAUAUUUUAUUUGUGUUAAUUUAAUCGGCAGCUUUUUAAAGAAACUGAAAAUAUGAGUUUCCUGAACGUAGAAGAUUCGGACAAUUCAGAAGAUAAUCUACGAAUCGUUAUCGAGAAAUCGCCGCGCAAAAGAAAACCUCCACCGUCACCGACCGCUUCCGAAAAGGAUAUCAUCGAAAGUAUCGAAGACGAAUUGGAAAAAACAUUAGAAGAAAAAGCUACCAAAGCGAACUUGAACGUUACGAACGUUAAAGGAAUCAUCAGGCAUGUGGUAACGAACGAGCAUGUGUUACAUUUCCUAAAAACCGCCGACAAAUCUGUUGUGGAUAUUGAUACAGGUCCUACUCUUGUAUUCGAGCCUAAAUUAACUCGCUCAAAAGCAAGGGAAUUACGUUCUUCUUUAGACGUACCAGUUCCUAACGUACCCUGGUCAUUUUCGAAACCCGCUUCCGAAGUUCAAGUAUUGUUCAAUGAAGAUUUACAAGAGGAUUCUUCAGAGGACGAGUACGUACCAGAGGCGGCCGAUGAAGAUGGCGAAAAAGAAGAUGAGAGCGAAGACGACAGGGAUAGUUCGAUUUUCAGCGAUCCUCCUUCCGUCGAGCCUCCGUCUACACCAACUUGCAGCGAUUCAUGUACACAAACCAAUUGGACGGAAGAUGGAGUAUUUAAGAUUCCUUCUGCACCACCACAAGAUAAGGAUGAUACGACCGAUGAAGCUACAAUUGCUUUACGAACAAGGUCAAAGCUCUCUUUAAGUUCUACUCCCCUUGAGGAAAUAGAAGAAGCCUUCAUACCUCCGGAUAUAACUACCGAUAUGUACGAAACAGACUGUGAUAACGAAGAUUGGAUGAAUUUUUUAAAGACAUUUACGCGUCCUUUAGAAGAAGUUGUUAAAUCAACUGAAGAAGAAGACUUGGAUCCUGAGUAUAAUGUUUUAGCUGACGAAGAAGUUGAUAAACCUGAUAAAGAGGAAUUAAGAGUUGACAAAGCUGUGAAAAUUAGCAAGAAAGAAUUAAACGAUCUAAUGGAUGAAUUGUACGAAUUUUGCACCAGUGAACAAACUUAUAUUUGUAACAACGAUGAAGAUGAUGAAAACCAGCUUUCCGUCAGUCAAUUGACAAAUAGUACACUUGAUAACUCCCAAUUUAAUUCUUCUUUUCACGAUGCAACGACAUUCGACGAAAGAAACUUGGUAUGUGAUAAACCUAUGAAAACCAAAGAUCUCGAAGAAACAUUAAAAUUAACUAAUAAUCAAAUAACUUUAUUAGAGCAACAAUUGAGACAACAUGUUCAGAUGUUGACUCAAAACUUUUUAUUGACCUACAAACAUCCAGAACUACACGAAAAUUCAUUCCAAAUGAAAGAGUAUUUGCUCAAUUUUCAAUUUCUGAGAGGUGAUAGUCAAGAAUCUGUAUACAAUAUAUUAAAUUUGGAUUGUGCAAUAAAUUUGAUAUCUUAUUGGGAAAAUUUGCUUAAUAGCAAUACCGAGGAAGUUAAAAAAAUGUAUUCGUAUGUUGAUAAAGUACUAGCUGAAUCUUUGAAGAACAAAAUGACGGGGAAUAAUUAUAUCGAGACAUUUCCUGAUCUAAUUAUGGAAACUAUAUCAAACAGCGAUGUUUUUAUAUAUCCGGAAUUGUUACCAAAAAUACCAUUCAAACCACUCCGAUAUUAUAGUCCAAAAUGCACUUUUCUGGAUUCCGAAAUUCAAUUAAUAGCAAAAGGUUUAGAGGAAUUCAUGCCACUUGCGCGUGAAAAAUUACCAAAAAACGCUACGAAAGUCCGUCUCUACAGUACUGUCGCCGAAUUUAUACAUGAACAUAUGUUACCUAUAAAAAAACCUCACGAAAUUACUUAUAAAAUAAUGAAUUCCGAAAGCACGAGAUACGCGGAUAAUCCGAUAAAAUUUUACUUGAGGAAAUCUGCCACUCUUCCGUUUAUCCAACGCGUUUUUCCUUUAGACGAAUUGAAAAUUUUGCCACCUUGCCAAAGGAGGCCCGAGGAAUUGCCCCAACAGUGGAAACACUUUAUAUAUUUACGCGAUAAAUCCGAGAAAUUUACCAGUAGUAAUGCGAGUAAUGCCAGCAAUUCAUCGAGCAUCAAUUUGUCAGCGAUUAAUAAUUUAUAUCAAGUGACUCAGUUCGCUUAUGUACCGAUAGUAAAAACGAGCAUCCAGAAGCCUCUGCUUCCGAAAGGUCCAAUUUAUUCGUCUACACCUAUAUGCCCAAAGUAUAGGCUAUCGAGGAUAAAAAGGUUGCCCCAAAGGAAAAAACGAAAAACAAAUUCUAAAUUUAUUUCAGAUGAUCCAAUCACUAAAUUCGUUAAGUGUCUCGGUCAAACACCUUCUGUUAGUAAACUGUUAGAAUUGUUUCCGAUUAAUGCAGAACUAUUUUCCAAGGAUAUCUCUAAAUUAAACGAGAAAAAUAAAUCGAUUAAGCGCAAGAGUUUACUAAAUUCUACAAUGUUGCCGAAUAUGCCGAGUUUGUUUACUACGCCUGUUAAGAAUGAUUCUCAAAACGAAUCCAUUGAAGUAGAAGUAAUGAAAGAAAAAUGUGCUGGUGUCAAAAGAAACUUGAGCUUGUCUGAGAAGAAGAGCUCUAAUAAUACAACAGCAACUGUAGAUAUUGGGGAAAAGAAAAAAAACUCCAAGUCUGAUAAAAUACAGGAAACACCAAAGGAUAAUCAAGAUGAUAUAAAUGCUUUGCUCAUAGCAAGUUCAACAGUUAAGCCUACACCUAAAAAAGAACUAUCUGGUGGUGAAAAAAAGAAGGCCAGAUUCAGAAAAGAAUUCCUUGCCAAUUUAAAUAUGUGUACACCGGAAGGCGAUGAAAUUGGAAAAAAGAAAAGCGAAAUGUUUGCACUUUCCUAUUAUGAUAAAAUGCGCGAAACUCUCGAAAUGGAAACCUACCAUAAAAUAAUGCAAAUUCUCAAUGACUACGAAGAAGGUGACGCUGUCGAUUUAUAUCACAAAAUCGAACAAGUUCUCAGACCUAAAUACAAUGAACUGGCUGAUGAAUUCCUGUUGUUUCUGAGAGAAAGAGAAGCGGCAGCCGUGGGGAAACUUAUACCAUGGAUAAGGAUGAACAACAGAUCGAAAUUUUUACGAAAAUUAGAAAUCUAUUUCAAAGAUCAACCGUCUCAAUUGAAAAAAAUUUACCAAUGUUUGACGGAAUUAUCGCAAUCCAUUGAUAUUUCAAUGGAUAGAAUUAAAACUACUCUUCUACCAAUGUUUAAAGGUAACGCCGUAUUAAAGGAUCUGUUUUUACAAAAUUUUAUGGACGAACCUCCUCCCAAUAGUUUAUUAGAAGGACCUUACGAGACCAUCGACGUUAAUAAGGAAUUAGCCAGACCACCCGAUGAAGAAUCCUUCGAAACAAUAAUAGUCCCCGAUAUUCCUGAUAAAUAUGGCGGGAUGACUUGCAUUUGCAGUUGUCACGAAAUAGAAGACGAAGAGUACAAAUCUAGGUACAGACAUUGUACUAGAUGUGGUGCAAAGUUCUUAAAUGGUAAAGUGUACAUGGCAACCGGAAGAGGUUUAAGGCCUGCAAAGGUUUCGUUCAUCACGAAUCCGGAUGUCGAUCAUCAAACGAGACUGGCCGAUAAAUCGUUAUUAAGUUUUAUUCAAAGAAAGAAAAGAUCGGACAACAGCCCAUCCAAAGCGGGAUCAUCGUAUUCGAAAGAAAAUCAGGACGAGGAUUCAGAAGAAGAUGGCGAUAAAAAGAAGAAACCUAAAAGGAAAGCUCCAACUAAACGAAACAAAAAACAAACGGAAGCGAAAGAAACCGCUAAAACCGGCGGCGUAACGAUAAAAAAGCAAGUUUCAACGAAAGGUGAAUCGAAACCUAGAAAAAGAGCUAAUUCAGUGAAAAAAUCCACCGCGAAUGCGAAAGUUAAUCACGUCGAAUCACCGGAAUUAGCACCUAAACCAGUAGAAUUAAAUCAUCACGUCGAAACCGAAUUAGAAGAACACAAUGAAACGGAGAUAGAAGAACAUUUCGAAACGGAAGUAGAGGAACAUAACGAGACCGAAAUCGAAGAGCACAACGAAACCGAAUUAGAAGAACAUAACGAAUCGGAAGAUCACGCUGAUUUAAAAUUCGAAGGAAAUUUAAAACCGGGUUCGAUGAACGGCCAAAUGAAACGUCUACACGAUGAAUCAUGCGAAGAAGGCGAUCAAAGCGUUAGAGGAGAAUUUAAAUUUAGGAGUCCCGAACAAAACACCGCUGAAUCCGAGAGCGAAUUUUGCGAGGAAUCAUCCCAGGAUAAUUGCGAGUCCGAUAGCAAUUCGAGCACGUCGAGUUCACCGAAAAGUUACGCCGACGUUUUAGGAUUGAAUUCGUCGUGGAAACGCGAAGAGGACAAAAUAAUUUUGGAGGUAUUUCAAAAGGAAAACGACAAAGAUAACGCCUUUAGGGCCAUUUCGAAUCAAUUAUCGAAUAGAACGGUCGGUGAAAUUAAAUCGAGGUUCGAUACUUUGAUGGAUUUAUUGAUGAAAACUGUCGAAGACGCUUAGGAGACUGAUUAGGAGAGAUUUACAGGAUGGAAUAGGUGUUAAGUAAAAAAAAAAAAGAAAAACGUUCUUUUUUUUUAUAAAGAAUUAAUUACAAACAUUUAAUAAAUUAUAUCUGUAUAUUUAUUUAAAAUCCCGGAUCCCAAUCUGUUGUUUGAGGUACUGAUUUUUUUUCAUAACAUAUUAUGACAUCGUUUUUUUCAAAUUGAAUGGUUUUAUCGGAAAAUUGGAGACCACAUUCCGUAUCCGAUUUUAUCAUAUCGACUUCAUUCUUUAAGUGUCUCAUAGAUGAUAAUAAACCUAAAAAGAAUUAAAUUAAUGAGAUAGGAUGGGUUAUUCUUCGUCAAAUACUUCCACAUAUCGUCUACCAACCUUCGUGAAUGAUUUGUCCAUUCCUUUCUACUCUAUAAUGUCCAGUUUUCUUCAAAAUACCUUUUUCGCAUCUACAACCUGCCACAUUAACUUUCUUUCUACCUUGAUUUAUUUCGAAUAUUUCCAACACUUUGGCUUCACCUAAAAUAUCUAUUUCCUCUUUAGGCGGCAGUUUAGCGUUAAUUUCUUCUUUGAUAUCGUCAAUUAACUUGUAAAUAACGUUGAAGAAUUUUAUGGAAACUGUGUCGGUUUUGUUCUUCAAAUUUUGUGGCAAGUCUACGUUAAAUCCGUAAAUUAUACCUGAUGAUAAUAAUAUGUAAUAAGAUUAAAAAUAUAGCUUUUUUUUUAAUUCGGAAUGCGUACCAUUGAACGUUUCUGCUAGUUCUAUAUCGUUUUCACUAAUGGAACCAAUUCCAUAAUUAAUCAAUUCUAUUUUGCAUAGAUUUGAUUCGUACGUAUCCACUACGUUUAGAAUAGCUUCUAAAGUACCAUCUACAUCAGCUUUUAUUAAAAUAUUUAGUACAGGAACUCCGUCAUUGUCUGAAAAUAUAAAUUUAUAACGAUCAGUUUGACCAACAGUAAGUAAUUCAUUUCCUCCCAGACACUUUCUUAGGACUCGUGUGAAAAAGCGAGUAAAAUUCAAUCUUUUACCAAUAAUACCUUGAAUUUCCGGCUUUCUAGGUCCAACGGGUUUUAAUUUGAAUCUACCCAUUCUUCUUUUCAAUUCCAAUUUCUCUUUGUAUUCCUUUUCGUGCUGUUGCAUUUUAAUGUUUAUCUCUUUCAUGUCUUCUUCCAUUUUCUUUUUGGCCUCUUCGCUUUCUCUGAUUCUUUGCACCUCCCGAGCCCUCUUUUCCGUUUCAACUUGAAGAACUUGCUCACCGGCCGGUGGUAAUUCCCUCCAUCCUUCUAUUUCAGCAGGAUAACCGGGCUUGACCUGUUGAAUGGUCUUCCCUUGGCCGUCUUUUAAAGCUCUAACUUUGGCUAUAGCAGUACCGGC